AUGUUGCGGCCUUACACACUUCUGUUAAACGUGAUAGAUGCCUCACCGACCGGCGACGAUAUCACGUUCAAGGUGUGUGUCAUGGAUCCGGCGCGCCCUACGCAGAUUCUAAGCGUCAUUGAGCGCAACUAUUCGCAAUGCGCCUUAGUGAGUGCCAAGCUGCAUGAGGCUUUUGCGGGGCAAGAGCUACCAGAGCUGCUGGGCCCGAGCUUCUUCAGAGGUCUCGACCCUGCGUACGUUGAGGCGCGGCGGGCAUCGCUGGAGGUGUUCUUAAACACUGUGGCGUCUCAUCGCCUGAUGUGCACAGAUGCUGGCUUCUUGUCACUUGUCGGCUAUGAACAGGCGGUGGCAUGCGAAGAAAAGGAAGGUGCCGCCUUCACGGUGGGGUAUGAGAGGUGGACGGUUGCCCGCUGCCUAAGAGUAGCGGGGGCUACAGCAGAGCAACACGAGGCGGAUGUCGUCGCCGCCCGCAUGUGGAUGCGUGGGACACCGUUUGUGUUCCGCGCGGUGGUGCCGUCACAGCGAGUGGGGAUGUGGAAGACACGUGUCUUUGUUACAGACAAUGCACUCGGUACAGAGCUUAUUCUUGUGGUGCAGCGGAUGGAGAAGAGCCUCGCGGUGUCCGAGGCAGAAGUGCAUGCGUGGCGGAGGACUGUCGUUGGCCUGGACCCUGCCGUCUUUUACGUGCCACUGUACGUUGACGUUGUGGCCCCUCACGUGUUCGCAGUCUACCCGGUGGCGCCGCACGGGAGCCUAUGUGACUCUCUGCAUUCGACGCUGCCCUUCACAAGGGACAGCAAGCACCGGCGCCAGCAGCAGCAGCGCUACGCAGUGCAACCGAUGGCUCUACAUGACGUGCAGCUUGUGGGGCGCAAGCUCCUUUACAUACUGCGCAGCUGCCAUCGGCACAACAUAUCCCUCCCGCUGCUGUCGCUAGGAAACCUCAUGAUGUCGGAGCGACACGGUGUGGUGCUCGCCGAUGUGGAGGAUAUUUUUGCAGGGACAACUCGUUUCCCAGCCCUGUACCCGUAUGAGGAAAGGGAGGGGGGAGAUGAGCUUCCACCGCGGCGGACACCAUUUGAUAUUCUCCUGUUCGGUGUCAUUCUUCUGCAGCUGUGUGGAGUCCAUGUGGAGCCGUGGAUGCUCUGCGCGCUCCUUACAUGUCAGGGAGAACCUUUUGUCGCAGAAGAUGCGGACAAGGAUGAGGCGUCACCACGCAACCCGGUUUGCAUGUUGAAUGGAUUCGCCGAAAUUCCGCUUUCGAUAAAGAAUAUUCUUUUUUAUAUUUUUCAUCCAACGAUUCCUGCUGACUUGCGUGUAUUGGCGAAUCACACCUUUUUUAAUGACUUGUCGAUGAAAGUUGUGGAAGUCUCCACUGUUUCGUCUCCUGCUGCAGUGGCAAACCUGCGGAAAAAAGAUGUGGAGCUGUUUCACCGGGCGCAGGAUCGCUGGAAGAAGCGACUAGUAGCUGCUUCUGAAAAUAAGGCGUGCCUUGUGGCGCAGAGAGAACAUCUGCGGAAAGUGAAGCGACGGGAAGGUACUGGGCGUCAAUGUAAACCUCUAAAUUCACCCUUGAAACCAUCAGAGGGCGAGACAGCGGGGGAUGUCGGUAAAAUGACCGCAUCAGGCCCCGGUGACAAGAGUGGGAUGCAUGGGAUUCCACCACCACCACCGCCGCCGCCGCCUCCGUCAAUGGUAACAAAGGGAAUUGCGUCCGUUGGACCACUGCAAGUUUUGUCAAAAACGGUCCCACCACCACCACCACCGCGUGUGGGGCCGUGA